AUUUACCGAGAUUUACUUUCAUUUACAGCAUUUAUAUUAGUUUAUUUAUUUAGUAUUCUGCAACUGCACGAUUUAUUCUGUCUAAAUUCCAAUGCCAAUACAUAAAUUAUAAUAAAAACAUUUCUUUUUUCAUUUUUGUGAAUUUGUGCGCCGUAAUAUGUGAAGUGAAUAGGCAACCAGCGUUUCAUAUUAGUUAUACCGGUUGUAUAACAUCGAGAAUCAGUUCCGAGAUAUAUGUGCACCGAAUCUGGGUGUAAAUAACAAUUUUGGACUUGGGGCCACAACAACAACAAACACACGUGACGCUCGGAGUUUUGGUUGUGUUGUGACUGAAUUAGAGACUUAAACAGUUGUAGCAUGUUGUUCGUCGUGGGACUGGGCCUUGGGGACGCUAAGGACAUCACUGUCAAGGGUCUGGAGGCAGUGAGACAGGCCGAUAGGGUUAUUUUGGAAGCUUACACUUCCAUUCUCACAAUCGGCAAAGAAGCCUUGGAAGAAUAUUAUGGAAAGCCUGUGGAAGUGGCUGAUCGUGAGGCAGUGGAGCAGGGAGCGGCUGAAAUGUUGGAGGCAGCAAAGUCUUCAGACGUCGCCUUUUUGGUCGUCGGCGACCCUUUUGGUGCCACCACUCACGCUGACCUGGUACUUCGGGCACGGGACGUAGGUGUGCAGGUCAAGGUCAUCCACAACGCCAGCAUCAUGAACGCAGUGGCUUGCUGCGGACUCCAGUUGUAUCACUUUGGGGAGACGGUGUCCAUCCCUUUUUGGACGGACUCUUGGCAGCCAGACAGUUUUUAUGAGAAAAUUUGUGCCAACAAAACUAGGGGACUGCACACACUGUGCUUAUUAGACAUUCAAGUCAAAGAGCCUACACCAGAGAGCAUAAUGAAGAAAGUGAAACAAUACUUGCCCCCAAGAUUUAUGUCCGUAGCACAAGCAAGCGAACAACUCUUAAAAAUUAUUGUAAAUGACAGUGAAAAAGUUUUAAGCAAUGACAGUGUGGUCAUUGGAUUGGCCAGAGUAGGAGCUGAAAACCAGCAAAUUGCAGCCUGCAGUCUUGAAGCAAUGAAGGACACUGACUUGGGUUCUCCAUUGCAUUGUUUGGUUAUUCCCGGAAAACUACAUCCUUUAGAAGAGGAAUAUUUGGAGCAAUUUUUCGUUAAAUAAUGAUUUACAUGUCUCAAUAAACUUUUUGUGAGAUAAUGCUGCAUCAAAGUUGAUACUCAACGUGAUAACUAUCUCCAAAGAUGAAAGCUUGUAUCAAUCAAAACCAGUAUGAUUUAAAUUUCAUCAAUCAUUUUACUAACAUAAUUUUUGGAUAAUUUUGAUUAAAAAGGAAUCAAAUGAUUGGCACUUAAUUAAAAGAUUGAAAA